AUGGGGCGACAACGUUCGUGUUUGAACCAGCCCCAGGUGUCUGAGGAAAACCAGGAGCUUCACACUGAGGAGGUAGAAAAGGCUUAUUGUGCAGCCUUGGAAGCUUUACAAGCCUGGAGGCGGCACUCCUUAGAUGGCAUAAGAACCCGCUAUUCACAGUGGAGUGUGGAGUGUAGUGCUAUACUCAAACAUUUACAGCUACAGGCCCAGGAAAUGGAGACGAUGGUACAGGCUUCCAAUGAUUUAUUAGCAUCAAUGGACGUGGAGUUUUUGCAGGGUUCCACGGACUUCACCAAAACAACUGAUGACCAGCUGAAUGGGAUAAGAUCAGAUCUGGAGAAACAUGAGGUCAGCAGACAGAAGCUUCUAGCUUCUGUACAACUUGACCAAGUUGUUCCUAGACAGGUGACUGUAAAAGAGACAAUGCAAGAACGCCAGGACUUAGAAGCAGCAGUCAGUGGACAAAUAUCUCCCCUACGUGUUACAAAGCCGACGCUGAGAUUCACAGAGACAGACGACAGGAAGCUGAGAAUCACUGACAGCGGCUGUGUGGUAAAGGCUGAGGGCUUGUCCAGGGUGUUGAGGUGGAGGAGAGCUGUGACAGACGGGCGUUACCAGACGGGCAGGUACUACUGGGAGAUACACAUCACUUGUUCACAUGGCUGUAACUGUUAUGUAGGAGUGACACAGGAGAGCUGUGGUGUGAGUGAGGAGACAGACCGUGGCCGUAACACCUGGUACAUUGAGAUGGCGUACCGUGGUGAUAAGGUCUGGUGUUGGUGA